GUACCCGGUGGCGGCUCUAUAUAUGUAAUACGACUUUGUAUUGAUCCAAGCUACCAAUCAAUUAUCCUUAUACAGAAAGUUUUACCCCAUCUGUGUGUGUGCGGUCGGUCGGCAUAUACACUUUUGAAAGCGAACUCGUCCGAAUCGGGCCUGCAGUCCAAGUGCUGCAAAAGUGUAUAUUGAAUAAGGGAUACGUUGAGGUGGUCGCCGUCGUCCUCGUGUCGACUGGCCUGCGAUUGAGAAGAUCUGGAAUCGAACGUAAUGCCUUCCAAAGCCGAAGACAUACUGUCGGGAUUCAGAGUGAACUGGAUGAGUCUACGAGAAGUAGACACCGGGAAACUGCUGUGGCAAAACUCUGAUGAUUUGUCCCAGCCUGAUGUUGAACAUGAAGCCCGAGUACCCAAAAGUAUUUUGAAUUGCAGAGCCGUUUCAAGGGAAAUUAACUUUUCCUCAAUAGAACCCCUCGAAAACUUUCGACUGGAACAGAAAGUCCUUUUCAAGGGAAGAGCAUUAGAAGAGUGGACAUUUGAUUUUGGAUUCGUCAUCCCAAACUCCACAAACACCUGGCAAUCAAUAAUUGAGGCUGCACCAGAAUCACAAAUGAUGCCUGCACAAAUUUUAAAUGGAAAUGUGACUAUCGAAACCAAAUUCUACGAUGACACCCUUCUAGUCUCAACAUCAAAAGUGAGGCUGUUCUACGUCUGACCCGAUCUCUGCGUUUUUUCCAUUAUUUUGUCGUCUCUUCAUUUCACGUUCUCCUGUUACGUCCUUAUGGCGAUGGAAAUAAGCGAAAACCGGCAUUUUGAAGCGCUUUUUUACACAGUCUACACGUCGUGUGCCAUCUCCUCACGCACCGAUUUCGAUUCGGUGCGACAUCGCUACAAUUCCGCUCACACACAAAGCUACACACGCUAUUUGUUCGCGAUCACCUGCCAUACUUCUCGGUCAAUGUCUCAUUUGCUGCUGCCGCUGUUAUUCCUGCGCUCCACAUUUUACCCGUUGACUGUCGGUACUACAUAAUAAAAAGACGAUUCAAUCGGUGUAUAAAACUGG